GGGCACUAAUCAACUCUGACAAACCCAGAACUGCACCAGACGGCAAUUGCCUAGAACACGAACAGAACACAGGAAAGAUGGCCUCGUAUCAACUCCGACCAGUGCCCCAGCCCCUGGCCGUCUUCGAGCACAUGGUUGCCCACCAGACCCAGACGCUGGUUAUCAAAGAGUCCGGCGACAGCUUCGACAUCAGGACGCCUCGACGGGAGGCCGUGGAUGAACGUUAAACCCAAGUUCCCAACCGCCCAUGCCCGCAAGAAGGUUAACGAUGCCACCGGGCGUCAUCUCUUCGACAUAAUCAAAGAGAGUUUGCACUUGCACACCACGUUCUCCAUCCAGGACGAGAGCCGAAAGAAGGAACUCAUGGAGGUGAAGAGCGAGUGGUCUAUCGCAAAAACCAAGGCAAAUGCCACCUUCACCACCGCCCACGGCACCCCUGUCACGCUUGUGAUGGAGGGGAAGUGGCCCGGCCACUCGGUUGACAUCGUUGACAAAGCGAGCGGUGUAAGCGCGCGCGCUCGGAUUGAGCGCAAGAUGGAGACCGUCAGACAGUCCUUCGGAGAGAUUGCAGGACAGCAGACGUACCAUGCCACGGUGGCACCCAACGUGGAUACGGCACUCAUUGUGGCCAUGUGCGUUUGCCUCGACGAGGAGAAGGAAGUAGGUGAGAACAAUGGGCGGUGUUGUACUAUUUUGUAGGAUUGAUUAUGAAUUCAGGGUGGCUGCUUGGCUGUCUACAUGUAGGUAAGGUACUCCUUACUUACCAUUCGUACCAGCAACGUUCAACCAGUCAUGGUUGGAAGACGACAUAUUGCAGUUUAAAUUUACAUCCAUGUAAUACGGCUUGGAUGUUUG